AUGCUGGUGCCCUUCUUUGGCCUCCUUGUGGCUGUCGUCGCUGUUGCCAGAGAGGUGGAGCAUCCUCAGGGUUGGUCAUUGACUGUCUCUGCCUCCCCGGAGGAACGACUGCGCUUUCACCUAGCUCUGGCGUCUCCUAAUGUUGCGGAAUUUGAGCAGGCAGCUCUCGAUAUUGCUACCCCUGGCAAUCCCAGCUACGGACAAUACCUCACGCAUAAAUCUCUCGAUCAUCUUCUUCAUCCAAACAAAGCUGUACUCCUAGAAGUGUUUCAGUGGCUACGAUCUGUCGGCAUUGAUGAAGGUCAGGUGACCAGAAGAAGCAAUACCCUGGUUUUCACGGCUGCAGUUCGGCAAGCAACGUCUCUACUCAACACUACAUUCAAUCACUAUGUCGAUAGCACUGGCCAGGAUGUCAUACGUACGACUCAUUACUCCGUGCCCAAACCCCUUGAUGGCCACAUAGAAAUGAUCCAGCCAACAACCAGGUUUCCUCGGACGCGGCCCCUCGCUAGCCUCAUUCUACCACACAAGAGCUCCUUUCGAGGAGCCGAUGUUAAACCGAGCCGACCUGAUCCUGCCCUGACUUUUGACCCAAUCCUGUGCAACACCACAAUUACGCCCGGCUGCCUGCGCGGACUCUAUCGCCUCGAGAACUCGACAAUACCGGAGGAUUCAAUAUACACCCUUGGUAUCGCAGGCUUCCUCAAUCAGUAUGCCCGUUAUGAGGACUGGCAGUCUUUCGCGCGUGUCUAUGCUCCGUGGGCACGGGGCACAAAUUUCAGUGCCGUUGGCGCGAAUCCACAAGACGACGAUGAGAACGAUAACCAGGAGGCUAGCCUAGACAUUCAAUACACGAUGUCUUUGGCUCCUGGCGUGCGGACGGUCUUCUAUUCGACCCCUGGACUCGGCCCAUUGAUUCCCGACCAUGAUCAGCCGGACACAGAGCUCAACUCGAAUGAGCCAUUUCUCGACCAUCUUCACUACAUGGCGAGCCUCGCAGACAACGAACUACCUCGAGUCAUCAGCUACUCCUAUGGUGAGAACGAACAAUCAGUACCUCGGGACUACGCCAUUCAGGUGUGUCGGCUCUUUGCCCAGCUUGGGUCCCGGGGUGUAUCCAUCAUAGCUGCAAGCGGAGACGGUGGGCCUGGCGACUCUUGCUUGGCGAACGAUGGGAGGAAUACGAUCAAAUUUCUGCCCAUGUUCCCCGCCUCCUGUCCCUGGGUUACCGCCGUUGGUGGUACUUACCAAGUCGAACCAGAGAUCUCCGCGUAUUUCUCAGGGGGUGGAUUUUCUGAAGUCUUCUACGGUCUUGACUACCAGAAGAGCGCCGUUGAGCAGUACUUGAACGCAACAGGCAGCCGCUUUCACAAACUCUAUCAGCCAAAAGGCCGUGCUUACCCCGAUGUCGCAGCUCAGUCAUGGUCCUUCUGGGUGACCAGCAAGGGCAACGAUAACAUGCUCAGUGGCACCAGCGCCGCAGCUCCUAUCUGGGCUGCCAUCGUUGGAAAUCUCAACAGCAUCCGUUCUUCGCAAGGAAAGGCAUCUCUAGGAUUCUUGAAUCCAUGGCUGUACAGUCUGGAGCAAGGUCUUACAGAUAUCGUUGAUGGCGGAUCUGCAGGCUGUUUCGGUACCUCCAUCGGGGGAAAUGAGUCUCGGGGGGUUGUUUCUGAUGCAGGGUGGGUUGCUGCCGAAGGAUGGGACGCCGUCACCGGCCUAGGGACCCCGAUCUUUGACGAGCUUGUGGCCGCUAUGCCGUAA